AUGAGUAUCUCAGGCCUUGGAAUCUUAGACCAUAAUAGAACCUGGCAUCCAUGUGCCAUCUCCUUUUGGAGCAAUUAUUCACUCAAACCCUUCCAACAACGACUAUUAUUUGCUCACCUACACAAAGCAGAAAUCCUUAGAAAUUUCGGAAAAGAUUACCCUAAUUGCCACAUUUGCAAUACCAAAGCCAACUGGGAACAUGUAUUCACCUCAUGCACCAUGUGUGGUCCGGAAAUCAAAUCAUUAUACACAAAAUGGGACAACACUUCCCUCAAAUUCAAUGCCCCUCUUAUCAGACAUCCCUCAAACCAUUCUCUCUCUUGUAUUCCAAUGGAUUGGAAUGGUAGUAUCAAAGACGAACCUCUUCAACAAUUAGACUUAUCUCCCCUAGCUUUGACUGAUUGGCUAAAUGAAAUAUAUCUCUCAUUCGCUGCCUAUGUUGGCAGUUGUUACAAAAACGCCACUUGGAACAGUUCAACUGUACUCAAGAAGGCUAGAGGAUAUAUAAUUAAACCCAAAACUGCAAAAUUUGCAACUGCUUGGGAAACAUUUAGCAGUCAGCUUGGCGAACUCAACUCCAACAACAUCUACACCUCACACCUACACACCCAUUAG